AUGUCGUCUGUCGAACAAAAAGCGCGCGAGGCAUUCAAGCUUUUCGAUCGCAAUGGUGAUGGCGAGUUAACGCAUCAAGAAGCUGUCCUGGCCGUGCGAUCAUGUGGCAUUCCGUUGCGUAUACAGGAAUUAGACUUACCAGAACAAGUGACUUACCCCCAAUUCAGACAGUGGAUGAUGAAUCGCGUAGCGCGGUCAGAUCCGCUGGAAGACCUGAUCAAACUGUUUGCGCCUUUCGAUCGCAAAAAUGAUGGCACGAUCAGCACAGAAGAGCUCGCUCAAGUCAUGAAGACUCUCUGCUCCUCUAUGACGGAGGAGGACAUCGAUCACCUCAUUAAACAAGCGGAUCCAAACAACUCGGGGAACAUUAAGUAUGCAGAGUUUGUUCAUCAGUGCUUCUAA